CCCACAGCCUCACCACAGUGUUUCAAACGGUGUCGGACCCUGGGAGCCGUCGGAAAAUGGACUCAGUAACCUUUGAGGAUGUGGCUGUGAACUUCACUCUGGAGGAGUGGGCUUUAAUGGAUACUCCACAGAAGAAACUCUACAGAGAUGUGAUGUGGGAAACCUUCAGGAACCUGGCCUCCUUAGGAAAGAAUUGGAAAAACCAUGACAUUGAAUAUCUGUACAGAAACCAGAGGAGAAAACGAACAAGUCCUGUGGUAGAGAGAAUCUGUGAUGGGAAAGUGGGUUGUCAGUGUGAAGACAACUUCAUCCCUAUUUCAGAUCUCAAUCUGAAUGAGCAAUCGCUUGGAGUAAAGCCAUGUAAAUACAGUGUGUGUGGGAAAUCCUCCAUACAGCAUUCGUCUCAUAAUGGGAAUGUCAGAUGUCACACUGAACACAAGCCAUGUAACUAUCAGAAAUAUGGAGAGAAGCCAUAUAAACGUUAUCUCCAGUGUAUUACAAAACAUGAAAGGAAUCACAAUGGAGAGAAACCUUUUGAACAUAAUAUAUGUGGUGAAGCCUUCAGUCCCAGCUAUGUUGAAGUAGAUGAAAAAACUCAUACUGGGGAAAAACUUUUUAAAUAUAAGGAAUGCAGGGUAGCAUUUAGUGAUCUCUCAAUCCUUCCAGCACACGUGACCAUUCACACUGGAGAUGAACUUUAUAAACGUAAGGAAAAUGAGAAAGCAUCCAUUUCUCCCAGUUUAUAUCAAAUACCUGGAAGGAGUCACACUGGAGAGAAAUCCUAUGAAUGUAAGCAAUGUGGUAAAGCCUACAGAGAUCACAGUUCCUUCAAAACACAUGAAAGAAGUCACUCUGGAGAGAAACCCUAUGAAUGUAAAACCUGUAGGAAAGCAUUCGCUUGUCUCAGUUACCUUCGAAAACAUGGAAAGAUGCACACAGGAGAGAAACCCUAUGAAUGUAAGCAAUGUGGCAAAGCCUUCAAAUAUUGCAGUUCCUUACAGUCUCACAAAAUGAGUCACACAGGAGAGAAACGCUAUGAAUGUAUGGGAUGUGGUAAAGCUUACAGUGGUCGCACUGCCUUAAAAACACACCAAAGAAUUCACACAGAAGAGAAACCCUAUAAAUGUAAGGACUGUGGAUCAGCCUUUAGAUAUUACAGUUCUUUACAAAUACAUGGAAGAUCUCACACUGGAGAGAAACCCUAUGAAUGUAAAACAUGUGGGAAAGAGUUCAAUUAUCUUAAUAAUUUUCGAAGACAUGAAAGAGUUCACACAGGAGAGAAACUCUAUGAAUGUAAGCAAUGUGGUAAAUGUUACAGCGAUCACACUUCCUUCAAAACACACGAAAGAAGUCACAUGGGAGAAAAGCCCUAUGAAUGUAAAACAUGUAGUAAAGCAUUCGGUAGUCCCAAUUAUCUUCGAAAACAUAAAAGGAAUCACACUGAAGAGAAACCUUACGAAUAUAGAUGACAUAGUAAAGCCAGAUAUUACACUACCCUAGAGUCACAUGAGUGGAUUUACAUAGCAGAGAAACACUAUGACUGUAAGCAAUGUGGUAAAGGUUAUAACAAUCACACUUCCUUAAAAACACAAAAGAGGUCACAUUGGAGAGGAACCCUAUGAAUGUAAAACAUGUGGAAAAGAGGUCACUUGUCUUAAUUAUCUUCGAAGACAUGAAAGGACUCACACAUGAGAGAAACCCUAUGAAUGUAAGCAAUGUGGUAAAGGUUAUAGUGAUCACACUUCCUUAAAAACACACGAAAGAAGUUACACUAGAGAGAAACAUUAUGAAUGUAAAACAUGUGGAAGAGUUCAGUUGUCUUAAGUAUCUUAGGAAACGUGA